AUGUCCAGCUGGGACUCGCCACCAGAUUACCCCCUCAGCUCGGACUUAGUGAGGAGACUGAAGUCUGCCCUGGCCACUGGGGACAAGGACACUGUGCAGGAACUGAUCUGCACUGAGUUGAGGCCCGUGGACGCCGUGAUAGAGCUGGCCAACGACGACUGGAUGAAGGAGCCUUCAGCCCCGCUGCCCACAGGCGCACUGCUAGGAGACCUGGACCAUAUUCAGUCCCUCAUGGACCAGUUCUUCCAGGAUGCCAAUGUGGUGUUUGAGAUCAGGAACGAAGAGAUGGAAUGGCAGGUGACAUCCCUGGCCACCUUUGGGCUAUCAGGCCUCUGGACCCUGGAGUACAAGCGGGAGCUCACGACACCGCUGUGCAUCGCUGCGGCCCACGGCCAUGUGUCCUGCGUGCGACACCUGCUUAGUCGCAAAGCUGAUCCCGAUGCCAGCCCCGGAGGUCGCGGUGCCCUGCACGAGGCCUGUCUCGGGAGCCACACCGCCUGCGCCCGGCUGCUGCUCCAGCACGGAGCAGACCCAGAUCUGCUCAGCGCAGAGGGCCUGGCCCCCCUGCACCUGUGCCGCACGCCGGCCUCAAUUGGGUGCGCUCGGGCGCUGCUGGAGCACGGCGCGACAGUGCAGCUGGAGUGCGGCCCGGGCCGAGACACGCCGCUGCACGUGGCGGCCCGGCGCGGCCUGGACGGGCACGCGCAGCUCUACCUGGGCCGCGGCGCGCUCGUGGACGCGAGGAACGGCCGCGGCGAGACGGCCCUGAGCGCAGCGUGCGGGGCGGCCCCGCGGAGCGCCGACGAGCACGCGCGCGGCCUGCGCCUCUGCGCGCUCCUCCUGCGCGGCGGCGCGGCGGCGGACGCGCGCCCCGGCCUGUGCGCGCUCCUGCUGCGGCACGGCGCCGACGCGGGCGCGCUCGACUACGGCGGCGCGUCGCCACUGGCGCGCGCGCUGCAGACGGCCACGUGCGCGCCCCCGGCCGCGGCGCCGCGCACUGUGCAGGCGCUGCUCAACCACGGAUCCCCUUCCGUGUGGCCCGAUGCCUUCCCCAAGGUGCUGAGAACAUGUGCACAGGUGCCCGCUGUCAUUGAGGUUCUGUUCAACUCCUACGCUCAGCUUCGAGUGUCUGAGUCCUGGCGGGAGGCCGUCCCUGAGGACGUGUACCAGAUGCACGAGCCUUUCUACAGGUCCUUCUUCGCCUUGGCGCAUGCCCCGCGCUGCCUGCAGCACCUCUGCCGCUGCACCAUUCGAAAACUCUUUGGCAAGAAGUGUGUUCACCUUGUGCCCCAGCUACCCUUGCCGGAGACGCUGCAAAAUUAUCUGCUUUUGGAGCCAGAGGGGGUUUUGCACUGAAACUACAGGCUUGGAGCCAGUUGCCUUUCCACAAAGCCAGUAUCAGAGGGCCAGUAUAGGGGAACGGGGUGCACAUCCAGCCCUCUCCGUCUCCCAAGUGACCAGCAGAGGCACAGAGCCUAAACCAUACCCUGAUAUGGAACUGGUAAAAAAGCCUCUCUGUUACUGGGGCUGGAGGGAUGGAUGCAGCAGGGAAGGGCACUGGCUGCUCUUGCAGAGGACCUGGGUACAAUUCCCAGCAGCUACCUGGUUGUGCACAGUCAUUCAUACCUCGAGUUCCAAGUUCCGGGGGUUCCGGGGCUGUCCUCUGACCUCCAUGGGCACUGAAUGUACAUAUAUGCAUGCAGGCAAAACAUUUACAAAAUAAA